ACUUUUUCAGGUGUGCAAUAUCCGGUGUCGGAUCGGUUAAAUGUAGAACAGGUCUUCGAACGGCGGACGGGGAAACCUCGCCAUGAUGUACUCAGAGAUUAUUUUAUUAAGGAGGGUCGUAUCGAGGAAGACGCGGCUAUACGUAUUAUCCAGGAAUGUACAGCGUUAUUUCGACAAGAAAAGACUAUGCUAGACAUUGAAGCGCCGGUUACAGUAUGUGGCGAUAUUCACGGACAAUUUUAUGACCUUAUGAAGCUAUUCGAGGUCGGUGGCUCACCAGCUACAACAAAAUAUCUCUUCCUGGGCGAUUACGUUGAUCGAGGAUAUUUUUCGAUCGAAUGUGUAUUGUACCUUUGGGCGUUGAAAAUCUGCUACCCGAACACACUUUUCCUUCUGCGGGGCAACCAUGAGUGCCGUCACCUGACCGAGUACUUCACAUUCAAGCAAGAGUGCAAAAUCAAGUAUUCGGAACGCGUGUACGAUGUAUGUAUGGAUUCCUUCGAUGCAUUACCGUUGGCAGCGUUGAUGAACCAACAGUUUUUGUGUGUUCACGGCGGACUUUCGCCUGAAAUCCAUACCCUCGACGACAUUAAGAGGCUAGACCGUUUCAAAGAGCCUCCGGCGUUUGGGCCGAUGUGCGAUCUACUGUGGUCGGACCCUUUAGAGGAUUUCGGUAGCGAGAGGAAUGCUGAGCAGUUUAGUCACAACUCAGUACGAGGAUGCUCCUACUUCUAUAGUUAUGCUGCGUGUUGUGACUUCCUCCAACACAACAACCUCUUAUCCAUAAUACGUGCGCACGAAGCUCAGGAUGCGGGGUAUCGUAUGUACCGAAAAUCGCAAGCGACGGGAUUUCCUUCACUCAUUACCAUAUUUAGUGCUCCAAAUUAUCUCGAUGUAUAUAACAACAAAGCGGCCAUCCUGAAAUACGAGAAUAAUGUGAUGAACAUUCGGCAAUUCAACUGUAGUCCGCAUCCGUAUUGGUUGCCGAAUUUCAUGGAUGUGUUCACCUGGUCUCUACCUUUCGUUGGCGAGAAAGUGACGGAGAUGCUGGUGCACAUUUUGAAUAUUUGCUCCGAUGACGAAUUGAUGGCCGAUGGCGACGACACAUUCGAAGGUGCGUUUCAAUACUCGUUUAAGUUUGUAGUGUAUAGAUAA